AGAAGCAAAAGGGCAUUUCCAUCAAUGAACCGACAGAAUCUGCACCUAAGCAAUGGCACUUUAAAGUGAAGCCAGAAGCUCGGUUUCAUUCUAAAAUUGAUACGUGGAUGUCAUAUGAUGUUAUUGAGGAGAUUAACUCGAUUCUCAAUCCGGCUGAAUUGAAAAUGUUUAAGGAGUCUUGUUUUGGUUAUCUGUUGGACAUUCCUAAAAUAAAAGUUCAAAAUCAGAUUAUUCACUGUUUACUUUUGAGGGAAGUACAUCAACCAAACAAGACUGAAAUGUGGUUCGAGGUCGGUGGACACAGAUUGAAAUUUGGAAUUGAAGAAUUCGCUCUAAUUUCAGGUUUAAAAUGCAUAGGUGACAGUAACAAGUAUGGUUAUCCACAAGUUUCCAAUGGUCUUAUUGAUACAUAUUUUAGUGGGUGUAAAUCAGUUUCGAAACAAACCCUUCAUGAUUUGUUUAAGUCUAGGCGUUGGGAGUCGGAUGAGGAUGGUUUUAAGAUUGCAUUUAUGCACUUUUUACAUAACUUUUUGCUAGCUUCACCAAUGACUACCCGUAUUCAGUUAAAGGACUUUGAUGUAGUUGAUUCUGCAGAUUUUAAUGAUUAUCCUUGGGGAAUCGACGUAUUCAAGUACACGUUCGAUUCUUUGACUACUAAGGCAGUUCUUAGUCCUGGUAGUCUUAAGAAGUCAAAAUCUGAGAAUGAAAUUUAUAAGUAUCGCCUCAUCGGUUUCCCACAAGUACUGCUUUGCUGGUUCUAUGAAUGUUGCCCGACGGUCAAAAAUUCCUUUGUUCAGCUUGUUAACAAAACUGCUAUCCCGCGCAUUUUAAGGUGGCAAGCGUUCUUUUUCCCAUAUUAUAUUCCAGUUGACAGAGAAAUAUUUCUUGAUGUUGCAUCCGAUAAGGUAACAUUUCGUUCUAUUGUUCCAACACCGGCAGAGAGGAAUGCCCUUUAUUUAGGUGAUUUUUUCAAAAGAAAUAAGGGCAAGGGCAAGGCUAGUGAUGAUGUGAGCGUUGGCAAAGAAGAUGGAUGUGAAGUUGGUUACCGUCCGGCAUUUGACAUAUCAAGGGAUCGUGAUCCAUCGUCUAAAUUGAUUGAUUUAAGUAUAAUAGAAGAGAAGUUAGAGUUUUUGGUGGCUGGUCAGAAGACUAUGCAGUCUGAUAUUUCCAAGUUGAAACAAUUUUUCAACUCUAAAGUUUCUGAAGUCCUAAAGGUUGUGACUUUAUUGAAUGUUAAGCUUAAUCCUACCGUUGAUUCUAAACAGGCUGAUGGAGUUGUUGAUUCGGAGAAAGAUGUCUCAUCUUCUCGUGAUGAAAAUGAAAAUGAUGAUGCUAGUCCAUUUCUUGGUGAUAAAACUGUUCAAUCUGAAGAACCUAUGGACUCAGAAGAUACCGUUUCUGAUGAAUCUGAACCAAUUUUAAAGGUUAGUAGCAAAAAACAGGAAGCAUCGGCUAGCAUGCAGACAUCAAGUGUUGUCAAAGAAGAAAAUUGUGCACUUCCUGUAGAGGAAAGUUCAAAGAAUGACAGUUUUACUGCUAGCGUUGCUCAAAGCAAUAGAGGAGGUGAAGAUUCUGUUGCUCGUCAAAAUGUAUUUUCCGAUAAAGAAAUAGAUAAUAAGUCUAUUUCUAGCAAUGAAAACAAUGACAAGGAGUUCUGUGGUGAAGAAGAAAAGAGCAAAAAAACUGAAGAUGUAUAUUCGGUUGAUGACAAGGCUGUUAAUGAUGUCAAAGUUGACGAUGUUGAUCGUGUGUUUGUUGCGGAUUAUGAAGCUGCUGGAUGCUCUAAGAAUGUUGGUUCUGCUGUUGGGAUCAAUGUUCUUUCUGAUUUUGCGACUGAAAAAAAUAUGGAUUCUGCUGUUGUUGUCUCUCCGGUUACUGAGGUUCCGGAUCAAAGAAAUGCUAUUUUGACUUCUCCAACCUUCAAUUUAUCAGUUGAGGACAUCGAUGAGGUUCUCGAAAAAGCAGCGGAAGCUCAUGCUAAAUUGAAGUUGAGACAGGUUGAUUAUGUCCAAGCUAACUUUGGCUGUAUUGUUCCGAAGCAAUCUAUUGGUUGUGUUCGUAUUUGUCCAUUUCAUGAAAAUGGCAAUUUUUUUUGUGAUUUGAAGAAACGGGAACCUUUUCGGAAAUGGUUGGAAGAAGGACGUCCUAAAAAGUCUAGGAAGAAAAUUUACGAAGAUUCGCAUGCCAUCUUGUGUCCCCGUUUUCGAUUCGGCGUGGUUGAUAUUGAAUUGAAAUCAUGGUUUUACCAACUUUAUCAUUCUGGACAGCCUAUUUCUUGUUCUCAUGUUGAUAUUUUGCUUUACUAUUUGAGGAAAAAGGUGAAACUUGGACAUGCUGCAACCACCAGAUGUACAACUACUGAUACUUUCUUCGAUCGACGUAUUCAAGCCAUCUACAAUUUGUACUCGAAAAGCAAAGAUUUGUCACUUAUUUCUUCAAAAAGUUCUGAGGCUGAUUACAUUAACGGUGGUCGUAUAUGUUGCAACACCAAGUGGGCUGAUGUCGAUGAUGUUCUUUUUCCGAUUAAUUGUGGGAAAGAUUGGCAUUGGAUAUUAGCUCGUCUGAAUUUUAAGGAACGGUGCAUCUAUGUCUACAAUUCAUUGAGAUCAGCGCGACGUGACAAAUCAGCGAACGAGUAUGUUGAAUGCUAUAGUGUCUUGCUUCCACUAUACUUUGAUGCAGUCAAUUUAUUUGAUUCUCGGAAUGACAUUGAUACUACUACCGGUCCUUAUGAGGAAAAGAGUUCUACUGAUCCAUUCAGAAUUGUAAAUGUGGAAAACAUACCUGUGCAAACUGAUAUUGAUUGUGGAGUUCAUAUGUUUUGCGCUGCUGAGUUUUUUGUUGAUGGAAAAGUUAUGAGUGAUGAUUUCGAUAUCAAAGAACAUCGAGCUCGUUAUGCUUGCUCAUUAUAUACUUAUGGAUGUUGGAAGGAUGAAUUUGCAGCUUUGAGUGAAGAUGAAGGUCCUGUAAAGAUCAACAGGAUUUGAUUGUUCUCAUUUUUGAGUGUUUGAUGAACCUUUAGGUUUAUGCAUCUUUUGGAUUUGAAAUCCUUUUUGAAUAUCUCCUGUAUUAUCGUAUUUUACA